GUCAAAAUUCGAGCUCUUGUCAUCUUUUUAACGAAUAAAUAUCAGUAUUGACAACCGAACUAUUCAAACCUCAAUUCAAAAAAAAAAUAAAGAUCAAAAAAUUCACAGCUCAUUCCUACUGUCAUCAACAGCUUCGAAACGAACAUUCUCGAUUAUAUCAUCAAUCACCACCGCCAUCACUAUCAUCUUUCUAGGGUUCUUCGCUCUCUCUGUUCUCUCUAUCGGAUAUUCGAUUCAAACAAGAAGAAAAACGAUGACUCAGAUUCCAACCCAAGUCGAUCAUCACAUCCAAGCAAACAAUCCACCACCAGAAUCCGACCACCACCACACCACCGACUACGCUCCCUACCCGAAGCUCGACCCCACCGACAUCGCUCCUCCCGCCGUCGACGUUUGGACUUCCGUCCCCGUCUCCGCUCCGCCGGCCGCCGAACAUCCGCCGACCAAUCCUAGGGUUUCGUCCCCCGAAGGUCCCGCUCCGAUCGCCGGCCAGUCCGCCACCACCAUGCCUCCCGAGUCCAAUCCUUACGUCGCUCCUUCGCCGGUACCGGCUUCUUCGAUUAAGAAUACGAUGGAUUCAGUGAAGGAUGUGCUGGGGAAAUGGGGAAAGAAGGCAGCUGAGGCAACAAAGAAGGCUGAAGAUCUAGCUGGGAAUAUGUGGCAGCACUUGAAAACGGGUCCCAGUUUUGCUGAUGCUGCUGUUGGAAGAAUUGCUCAAGGAACAAAAGUUUUUGCAGAAGGUGGUUAUGAGAAGGUCUUUCGACAAACAUUUGAGACUGUUCCUGAGGAGCAACUUUUGAAGCCAUAUGCAUGCUACCUAUCCACUUCUGCGGGUCCAGUUAUGGGAGUCCUAUAUUUGUCUUCUGCAAAGCUAGCUUUUUGUAGUGACAAUCCUCUUUCCUACAAUGUUGGGGACCAGACACAAUGGAGCUAUUAUAAGGUGGUUAUCCCAUUACAUCAGCUGAAAGCAGUUAAUCCUUCGACAAGCAAAGUAAACACUGCUGAAAAGUACAUUCAGAUCAUCUCUGUUGACAAUCACGAGUUUUGGUUCAUGGGAUUCGUAAACUAUGAUAGCGCCGUCAAAAAGCUCAAAGGCAUGCUGGAGGGUCACAGCUCAUGAUCUGCAUGAAGCAUAUAUUUUCCACCAUGUCACGAAGGUACAUCAUAUAUUCCUAUCAAGUUGAUGUAGAUAAAAUACUUGUGUGGAACUUAUAAUUAUAUGGGGAAUGGAUAUAUGUUAUGUGCUCUUCUUAUUUGAGUGAGCGUCUGGUAUUCUUGUGGUGUCAUUGAAGAGUUUUUCUUGUGUGAUUCAUCUCGAGGACAGUGUAAUUGGUACAUUUUUAUAGGUUGAUUGUUAAUUUGUAUUUGUAUUUAGACAUCAUCACAAUGUAAUUUUGUUACAUUUCUUGUUUCUGUAGCAAGUGUUGAUUCUAUUACAGACAGGAACAAUUAGGUUUUAUUUAAUGUUGUGGGUUGUGCUA